UGAUAAGUAACUCCAUAUAUUUUGAGGUCAUGUUCGUGUAGCCCUACAAGGAAUUGCAUCCAUGCUAUGUACCACCUACUAGCUAUGCAUCUUGAAUGUUUGUUGGCUUAGUUGUGUAACCAACGGCUGGCGGGAAGGUGGGAAGGCGUAAAGGACAUUGUUUUUUUAUCUGAUCUUUAAUUUAACAUCACCAAUGUCAUAUCUGUAUCCCGACAUCUGGAUCCGGCCUCGAUGCAGGUAAUCCCAAGAUGUUGGCAGGUAGCCGAUCGCGAUAUCGUCCCGCCUAUAUACUGGUUUCGAUCUUUCUCAUCUCCCUUCUACUUCUCUGCAACUAUCGACGCAGCAAUGCCCUGCCGCAAAACAUCAAUGAUCCCGUUAGCAGCAGUGAGGUCAAGUUGCAUCUUACCACCCAUCGCGAAACAGAGAUUGUGGUAGCGAGCACGAGAAAGGAGGAUGCUUCGUGGGUUUACCGCCACUUUCCACACUGGAACCCAAAAGUAUACAUAGUCGACGAUCCCUGGACGCUCCUGACGGUGCCGAAGAACAAGGGCCGCGAGGCUAUGGUAUAUCUCACGUACAUCAUCGACAACUACGACGACCUGCCCGAGACGGCAAUCUUCGUCCACGCGUCGCGUUUUCAAUGGCACAACGACGACCCGGACUACGACAUAAUACCUCCGCUGCGCAACUUGCGGCUCCCGUACGUACGCGAGGCCGGCUACGUCAACCUCCGCUGCGUGUGGAUCAUCGGGUGUCCGGCCGAGAUCCGGCCCUUCGAAGAUGAGGAGAUCGGUCCAGACGGGGCGUGGAGCAAGGUCACUAAUGGAAAACAACCUACCGCUAAAGGCGUAUUCAGAAGAGCCUUCGAGGAACUGCUCCCCGAAGUGCCCGUGCCGGAUGUCGUCGCAGUCAGCUGCUGCUCGCAAUUCGCUGUGAGCAGGGACACCAUACGACUGCACUCGAAGGAGAGGUACCUGGGCUUUCGAGACUGGCUGCUCUCGACGCCGUUAGACGACGGGCUAAGCGGGCGAGUGAUGGAAUUUUCGUGGCAUAUCAUCUUUGGAAAGGAGGCCUAUCACUGCCCUUCCGCGAAGGAGUGUUAUUGCAACGUCUUCGGCUUGUGCGAUCUUCCGUGUACGGACUCAUCCUGCGACGGCAGAUAUAUCCUACCUCCGUUCUCAACGCUGCCGAAGGAGUGGCCGUUAUUAGGAUGGGAUCACGAAGAUCGGGGAUAUACAGGGUCGUUAGAUUAGCGCAUCAUAAGGAGAGGAAGAUUCUCCCGAAUGAACAAGUCAAUUCGCGAAUAUCGAGAUAUGGUGUUGUAUUACGAGAUGUCGAAGAUCUCAGGGCAGCGACUAUGAUUCGAUUACUCGUCUAUCUAUCCGGGUAUGCUGAGUAUGUCGUGAAAUGUAGGUAACUAGGUGGGUUUCUAGAUGAUGAAAGAAAGAGAACGUUGGAGUGUGGUAGAGAUGUGCGACCGAUGACAUGAUACCCUGUAGAUGGCAAGGCGGUCCGUGCAUUAGGCGUUUGCCAGC